AUGACAGGAGGUCAGCCAAAAUUGGGUACAGCUGUACAAACCGAUAUCACCGAUCUUACCGAAUUCACUGAUUCUACCGAGUGCGCCGAGCUUAUGGGAUCUACCGAGGAAGCCGAGGAAGCCGUGCAAACCGUGCAAACCGUGCAAGUCAUGCAAGUCAUGCAAACCAGACAAACCAGACAAACACAAUAA